CCGCGUGGAGUCACUCGGGCGCCGCCGUGCUCCCGAUCCCCGCAGCUGCAGCGCCGCGGUCCUGGCCCGGACGCCCGGGCAAGUUCUCCAGAGUUAAAAGCGAAGUUAGGGCGAGGGGCGGGCCGAGCUGCCUCUGUGCGCCCCCGGCGUCCCCAGUGCGCCCAGCCCCGCCGGGGGCGCCGGUGACUCUCCCGUGCCAGCCAUGUCGUCCAUCCUGCCCUUCACCCCCCCGAUCGUGAAGCGCCUGCUGGGCUGGAAGAAGGGCGAGCAGAACGGGCAGGAGGAGAAGUGGUGCGAGAAGGCGGUCAAGAGCCUAGUGAAGAAGCUCAAGAAGACGGGGCAGUUGGACGAGCUGGAGAAGGCCAUCACCACGCAGAACGUGAACACCAAGUGCAUUACCAUCCCCAGGUCACUGGAUGGGCGGUUGCAGGUGUCCCAUCGGAAGGGGCUCCCUCAUGUUAUCUACUGCCGCCUGUGGCGAUGGCCUGACCUGCACAGCCACCAUGAGUUACGGGCCAUGGAGCUCUGUGAGUUCGCCUUCAACAUGAAGAAGGAUGAAGUGUGUGUAAACCCUUACCACUAUCAGAGAGUAGAGACACCAGUUCUACCUCCAGUGUUGGUGCCGCGCCACACCGAGAUCCCGGCUGAGUUCCCCCCGCUGGAUGACUACAGCCAUUCCAUCCCCGAGAACACUAACUUCCCCGCUGGCAUUGAGCCCCAGAGCAAUAUUCCAGAAACCCCACCUCCUGGCUACCUGAGUGAAGAUGGAGAAACCAGUGACCACCAGAUGAACCACAGCAUGGAUGCAGGUUCUCCAAACCUCUCCCCAAAUCCGAUGUCCCCCGCACACAAUAACUUGGACCUUCAGCCAGUCACCUACUGUGAGCCGGCCUUCUGGUGCUCCAUCUCCUACUAUGAGCUGAACCAGCGAGUUGGGGAGACAUUCCACGCCUCACAGCCAUCCAUGACGGUAGAUGGCUUCACUGACCCCUCCAACUCGGAGCGCUUCUGCCUGGGCCUGCUGUCCAACGUCAACCGGAAUGCCGCUGUGGAGCUUACGAGGCGGCACAUAGGGAGAGGUGUGCGGCUCUACUACAUCGGAGGGGAGGUCUUUGCAGAGUGCCUCAGUGACAGCGCUAUUUUCGUCCAGUCUCCCAACUGCAAUCAGCGCUAUGGCUGGCACCCCGCCACUGUCUGCAAGAUCCCCCCAGGCUGCAACCUCAAGAUCUUCAACAACCAGGAAUUCGCCGCCCUCCUGGCUCAGUCUGUCAACCAGGGCUUCGAGGCCGUCUACCAGCUGACUCGAAUGUGUACCAUCCGAAUGAGCUUCGUCAAAGGCUGGGGAGCUGAGUACAGGAGACAGACAGUGACCAGCACCCCCUGCUGGAUUGAGCUACACCUGAAUGGGCCCUUGCAGUGGCUUGACAAGGUCCUCACCCAGAUGGGUUCCCCCAGCAUCCGCUGUUCCAGUGUGUCUUAGAGAUACUGGGAGUAAAGGGAAGCAGGGUUGGGGAGGGCGGGCUAGGGGAAAAUGUCCUUGGAAGAGAACUCCAUCCGACCUGGUCUUGUGAAAGAACACAGGUUCCUCUCCACUAAGGCACCAACCUGUUCCUGAAACCACGGAAGAAAAUCCCAGGGAUGGAUUUUAUGAACAGCUGUGUCUGCUGCGUACACGUGCCACAGUUUGAAGGCCAAGUGACGGCUUCUGAGCUGGUGGCUUGAGCUACAGGUGUUGUGUCACCACCUGACUCCUUGUUUAAUCACAGAGAUGUGGGAUGUCACAGUCUAAAAGGAAAGUGCCUUUCUCCAGGGCUGGAGUGGUGAGUUUACCUUUGGAGAAGAACUUUUAAUGAAGUGUGCCCUGUCCCACCACUCUCUCAGAGAGGGUGUACCUGAUGAACUGGAUGGCCUACGUAGGCACUUUCUCCCUACUCCCAGAAUGCACAGAGAUGGGAACAUGUUGGAGGCUAAAGCUGGUGAGAACCGUUUCUUCACUGCCUCUUCUUCCUUGGAAGGACCUGCUGAAGUUUCAGCGUGUAUGUGAUGUAUCGUUCCUAUUUUCACAUCAGUCUCAAAGAGAUUCGGAUGUUGUUCAAGUGUUUGCAGGAGUCUUGGAGUACGUGUCCUGGGUGAGGUGGCACCACACUGAGUGAAUGCACCUCUGGGAGCUGGCACCACACUCUUGACGUGUGGGCUGUGUUGGUCUAAUGGAGACAACUGCAUUAAUGAAUUCCCCUAGCAUAGGCUCUCUGAAGUGUCUUCUGUUUGAUAAAAACAAUCCUGGGUACAUAUGUUGGCUGGAAACCCAGAGUGGACAGACCCAGCCACUGCUUCUUGCCCUGAGGUUUAGAAGCCAAGAGUUAUGGAAGACAAUUCACCAGGAGGUAAGACAUCCCAGGCUGACAUGGGCAAAUGAAAAGGGCUAUUAAUUUUUUUUACACCUUGGAAAAUUGCAGGCUUGGUGCAGAGAGCUCUGUCAUCUUCACCCUGGGAUGUAAGAUUACCUAGCUUUGGUAAAGGAUUGCCACCGAAAACUGCCACAGUGACACUGUGUAAUAAGCACUGUUCCCAGUGGCAAUUACAGAGGGAACGAGUAUAAAUUAUUUCAACUGGAAAAAAAAAAGUCCUUUUCCUGGCUGUUUUAGAACAGGGCACACAGGACCGCCACCCGCAACUGGUGUUCUCUUCUUGGCUGCUGUUUGUGUUAUGAAAUGACGAGCCCAUACUUUUGCAUGGAUUUCCCAUGGAAGUCCUGUCCUGUUCCAGAGGGGAAAAAGUGCACCCUCCAAUGUGAUGAAUCUUCUGAUGCUCCAGAGACUCUGGGGCGCAUCCUGGUGCCUCUUCUCCAGGAGCCUGUGCCCUUAGAAGCUCUGGGCAGGAUGUUUCCAGCUAGACAGACUGAUCCUUCUUCAGACACAGAUGCCUGUGCGAGUCUCUCCCUAGGCUGUUGACACAAGACAAUUCUGAACCUCUCAGGUUCUUUGGAAGGGCACAGACCACAGAUGUGAACAUUUUGCUGGGCUUGAAAUGGUCUGUGAACUGCUGCUCCAGACACAGAAGUCCUUGGAACUGCCUGCCUGUCACACAUGCUCCGAGUCAGAACACAACAGAGACACUCUGGUGUGGCUUCUAGGGAAACAUUCACGGUCCUCUCAUCGGCCAUGGGCAGAAGUUCGUGUCACUUGCUGCUCAGUUUCCUAGGAGCUUUCUGUGUCCCCUCCCUCAGUCAUCCUCCAGGUGGCUAUGGUACAGUCCAUUCUGCUGCAACUGGAAGGCACUGCUCAGAGCAGAUGGCAGCUUCUGGAGGCACAUGGUUGGGAGUAUGCCCCUUCACUUUAUUGGCCAGUCACUCGAGAAAUCUGUACGAGAAAAAUCCUAGGCAGGUUCUACUCUUGGCAUCUCUGAGAGUAAAAAAGGCUUGGAGUCUAGGAAGGACACGCCAUCGUGGAGAACACAGGUCCUUUGGGUAUGUGUAAUCAAAGUGUCCUCCCAAAUUAGUUUUCUUUUUUGUGUGAAUAGCACCUCUACUUUUAAAGAACAGUUGGGAACCGAGAAAACAGUGCAGAAGCUGGUGUGGCCUUUGAAAAGUGUGGUUCUUUCAGGUGGCCUGACUGCCACAUGCUGUUCCAGCCCUGGGCACCUGCUGACAUGGACCCACAUGGCUAGCACUGGGCACCCCAGAGAAGCUAACUCUGUACACCUCUCUCCUCUACUGCCCCUCCUUCCUUAGUGCUUGUUCAGGUAGCCCCAGCCAUGUGGCUUAUAGUCCUGUGCUGGCCUGUCAUGGCAGCUGGCUACCUUCCAGGCAGCCUGUAGAGAGACCUGGCAUUUUGAGGAACGCCUAGAGAGGAGAGCAGGGACUCUCUUAGGAAGGACACAAGGCAGGCAAGGCUGCUGGCAGACUUCUCCACUGACCUGAAAGUGUGUUGUAUUUUUUUUUUAACUUGUUAAUGUAUUGCAUCAAGCCUCGGUGCUUAUGGGGUACUGUGGUCUUGAUCUUCCCCAACUUGCUUCUCAGAGCUGAGAUGUAUUCUAGAGCCUGAUGUUUUUAUUCAAACCACAGAAACGCUUUAAGUAGCAUGUGCAGUCACGCAUGUGCCUGAGUUGCCUGGGGCGGAGGCAAAUAUCUGACUUCAUUCUUAGCCCUAAGCUGCCAUUUCUGAGUUUAAGUCCUUGAGAGGCUGGGAAGGCACAUGUGCCAGGAGGGACACAGCUCUAGCUCCGCACUGUCCUCUUCCUGUAUGACUAGAUGUGUGAGCCCUUUACAGUAGAAGGUACCUGGUCAGAGCUCGCUCUUCCGGUCUGUGGCAUCCGUGUUCCAUUACUGGCCCCUUUAAGUAAUGGCCUUCACAGUGCACUGCAACUUCCCAGUGCGUAGAGAGCCACACAUCAGGAUGUGGCACUGCAGACGGGACACGUCGAUGCAUGGCUGUCGCCCUCAACAGCUCCUGCAGCUGCUUGUAUUAACACAAAAGUGAUGUUUAGCAUUCUGCCGCUUUCAUAUUUAUGUAACAAUUCCUUAAAGCCGUUCAGAUGGAUAACUAUUUAAUUUCUUAAAGACAGUUGUAAAGGUCUCUCCUCACGAGGAUGGUGACUUGGUAGAACUGGGGCACAGCCAGUCCCAGACACUGGUGGAGGCUGCAGUGGCUUUGUCAGCUCAGGAUCCACAGGCAUCGGGAUAGGCUGGGCGGACAAGUGGUGGCGUGUGCAAACAGGCUGUCCCGGUCGAGCCCAGGCCUUCAACAACAUGUCCGCUUCAACAAGGCCCCUCUCUUCUGGAAGUGGAAGCUUCACAUGGAAAUUGGAGCCAUCUUUUAUCCCAGAAGCCUUUGCUGCUGCUAGGGCAAGUGGGCUGGUGUGGACUCUUGUUUGGGGAUGUUUGGAGACGGAGGUUGCUGUCACUCCUUAGCCAGCCAGGCCUUUAGUAUCUUUGUAAAAAGCAUGUAUUUAUAGUGUUUUAGAUUUUUCUAACUUUUGUAUCUUACAGCAUUGUACCCCACUGUUAAAGAGCCGUGUCCCCUCUUCUUAUAAGCGCCCUUCUAAUAAACUUUUCACUGUAAAGCUCCUGA